UUUUUUUUUUGUGUGUUCGGCAAUGAAAGCCAUUCAUUGUCAUGCCGAUCGUAAUUUUCCACAGAAAUCGGCCGAUCAUGAUUUGGCGGCCGAUCGACCUAACGGCGCAGCACUAAAUUCAACACACUUUCUUGUCGGUAUCUAGGGAGACCCAAUACAGCUCUGGUCAUGGGUCUAAUUAGAUUUUGUAUUCCUAUUCAAGAACCUAGUGCACCCUACUUAGCUCAAUGCUGCAGGGGCCCUGUUGGGCAUGGCUACAGGUCAACGCCGUGCCACUAUUUUUAAACUGGGAGGAGAUUGCUGGAAUGAAACCUUACACUUUGUUAGGCUACUGUUAGCGCGGCUGUGAGACUGUUUGUGUCCUUUUGCGCUAUUAAUGUACUUGCAUAAUCAUUUGGGUUCUACAGCCAGACUAGGUUGUGGAGCAUGUCUGCUGAAACACACACACACACACCGUACCAAUAACUUGCAGGCAAAGUUAAUUGGCAUAGUUGUUGAAACGAGUUUCAUCCGAGUCUCCGACCCAGCAAAGCCAUGACCAAUGUCAUGCUAUUCCUGUUCGGAUCUCAAGCGAAAGCUUAAAAUGGAAACUUUUUAUGCCACCUAAGUAAGCACUAUAAUCCGAAAACAAAUCAAAGACAGAAAAUAAGUAUAUGGCAGUCAGCGGAACAACUGUUAACGGCAUUUUUUUUUCCCACCCUCUACACAUUUGGGAUGGGGGUUGGCGUAUGAGGAAACCUAAUAAUGUGAUGAGACCCUGCUACUGGACUGAGACAGAGAGAGAUAGAGAGAGCGGUGUCUUGAGGUCUUUACACAACUGUGAAAGAGGACUGAAGUACUGGAUUUUGUUUAUCUAAACAGCACAGAUACCAAGUGAACACUAGGAAACAGGAUUAAAGACAUCUUUUGUUCAUCUUCAUCCUCUGGAUUUGAUACUGUUCUGUGAUCACCAGAUAGAUCUUCAAGAUGGAACAAUUUCUGGAUGCGCCAUCAUCGGCUUUUUAAUAUGAUCUAAGGAAUAUAACUCCGAGAUUUUUCCGGAAUUCCACUGGGCAACGGUUUAGGCACCGUGCAGUUGCCCUCGGUACUUUAACUUGUUCAUUCCUCAGUCCGCAUUUCAUUUUUGUUUUCAGGAUUUUCUCAACUUUCGACAUGCUUCCCUUUGUCUUGUUUUUAUUCCUCAUUUUCCCUACUGCUUUUUUGGUCGUUGUGCAAAGUGCCAGUGAGCUGCCAGGCAUCAGUUUCCCAAGUGGGGGUACAGGUUUCAAUCCAGGGGACCCAUGCAUGGUGGUGUCGCCACCGUGUAUAAGUGAAGCCGAUCGUUACAGCCUGGAGGCUCUGCAGAGCAUCCAUCAGAUGAUGGAUGAUGACAAGGAUGGAGGGAUUGAGGUGGAGGAGAGUGUGGAGUUCAUCAUUGAAGACAUGAAGCAACAGCAGACCAACAAACAUAGCCACCUGCACCGAGAAGACCAGCACAUCACAGUGGAGGAGCUUUGGAAAGGCUGGAAGUCAUCUGAAGUUCAUAAUUGGACCCAAGACGACGUUAUUCGCUGGCUCAGGGAGUUUGUCGAAUUGCCGCAGUACGAAAAGAACUUUAAAGACUUCAAAGUCAAUGGAAACACACUCCCGAGAAUUGCAGCCAAUGAGCCUUCAUUCCUGAGUGGCCAGCUGAGAGUUCAGGAUCAGAGAGACAAACAGAAGCUCAACAUCAAAGCUCUUGAUGUUGUGCUGUUUGGACCACCGACCCGCCCCCCUCACAAUUAUAUGAAAGAUCUACUACUCAUGGUGUCAGUGGUGAUGGGAGUCGGGGGCUGCUGGUUUGCUCAGGUCCAGAACAAAAGCAGCAAGAUCCAUAUAAACAAGAUGAUGAAGGAUUUGGAAAGUCUGCAGCGAGCUGAACAAAGCCUCCUCGACAUGCAGGAACAACUGGAGCGAGCCCAGGAGGAGAAACGUAAUGUGGCGGAGGAGAAACAAAACUUGGAGGAGAAGAUGAGGGAUGAGAUCAUAGGGGCACAGGAGGAGGCUCAUCGACUGCAAGAGCUGAGGCAGGGCGCCGUCAGUGAACUAAGUCGCCUCCGAUAUGCAGAAGAAGAACUUGUGCAGGUCCGUGGAGCACUGAGGCAGGCGGAAAAGGACAUGCAUGCAACUUGGACUGCCUCAGAAGUCCUCCAGCAGUGGCUCCAGUUGACACAUGAAGUUGAGGUCCAGUACUACAAUGUCAAGAAACACAGUGCUGAAUUACAGCUCGCCACUGCCAAAGAAGAGGCAGAAAAGAUUAAAAAGAAGAGAAGCUCAGUGUUUGGGACUCUCCAUGUGGCCCACAGUUCAUCUUUGGAUCAGGUUGACCACAAGAUUCUCGAGGCAAAGAAUGCCUUGUCGGACGUAACCGCAUGCCUGCGGGAGCGUCUCCAUCGCUGGCAACACAUAGAGCGCAUCUGUGGCUUCCCCAUCAUCAGGAAUCCUGGCCUUACCAACCUCACCGCUCUGCUCUACUCAGACUCGCUUGCUGUUGGUUUUCCCCGAGUCCCUCAGCCAUCUCACUUAUGGCACAGCUCACUUCAUGAGUCAAUCGAGGACCUGUUAGAAGAGUCUUCCGCGGCGAUGCUGUCUCAAAUUCCAGUUGCAGGCGUACCACUUAAGAAUUCCCCUCGACCUCGAACGUCUACCAUACGCCGGUCACGGCGUCACGGCGUCACACAACCGCCUACCACUCUAAUCUCGGCAGACCCCGACCUUCUCAUCCCAAUUCGAACUCCCUAUCCUUGUUUCGAUGAGGAUGACGGAGUCUUUCGCAAAACUGUAAAGAAACAAGACUCCCAAGAAAGGUUCUCAGAUUCCGACCAUUCCACUUCACCUCCUCAUAGCAAAAUGUACCCUUGUUCCCCUGCUGAUGGCUCCCAUCGAAAACUCUAUCGUGACGAAACAGAACCUCUUGUCGAAAGGUCUCUGACAAAGCCUGCGACUAAAGAAACUGAAUCCGAUGUUGAAUCUCCAGUUCGAAAAAUUUCUCUGGAAGAACUUGAAACUCCUGUUGAUGUUUCCUGCCGGAAGAUGGUGAAAGAUAAAGCUCUGGACUGUUCUUUGGAAAAUCCUUCGAUGAUGAUGUCAAAAGAUGGAUCGUUAAUUGAGGCGUCAUUCAGGAGGCGAUCCAGAGGUGGGAGUGAAAGUGCACCGGAUUUUGUAAUUAGAAAGGUAUCGGCCAGUGAAUUAGAUGCAGAAUUCCCACCUUGCAAAACAGAAAUAAUAGAGGACGUAACAGACAAUUUAUCGAGGAGUCUACCAAAAGAUCGAGGUGAGUUUCCACUUGAAGUCAGGAAGAUUGUUUGGGAUGAAGUGGAGGCAUCAGAAUUUGGACAAAAGAAGUUAUCAAGAGCUAUGAUGGGGGCUUCGGUAGACACUGCCUCAAGAAAGCUACUGGAAGGUUCCGAGGGUCCGUUUGACUUGGUCGCCAGAAGGAUUACGAGAGACUCAAUGGGAAUGUCCUUGGAUGGAAGUCCUUGUUGGCAGCCUGAUUGCUCUGUGAGAGGGACAGCCAAAGACAAAAUGGCUGAGGUGCCUAUAAUACCCUCAAGAAAAAUCUCAAAGGAGGGGUAUUUUGCAGACACUGUGUCCGCACAGGCUCUCCCCAGAGAGGAAACAGAGCGACAAAUGCACCACACAUCUUCAACGGAGAAGCUAGAAUUGGGUUCCGAAGCCUCAAUAAGUCGGGGGCAAUGUAAAGAGGAACGUGACGUACUUCUGAGAAGGAGAGCACCUCGAUUGUCGAGAGAUGAGCAGCUUACACAAGAAAACAACCCCCUCGAAUCACCCAUAGAAGCACAUCGUCAUCGAGUAGUGAGGGACGAAUCUGAAGAGUCUGAAUCAAACUUAGUGCCCGGUGAAAGUGAGCAGCCAGACCUUACCGCGACCUCCAACGUGCCAUGGAAGCCAUCUGCAGAUAUUUUUGCAGUUGGUCCAUUGAGCCGGCUUGUUUAUGAUGGAAUCCUAGAGAAGUCUUGCAACUCCAUGGCAGCAACCCCAAUGAGCCUUUCUGCCUCAACUCUCAACGUUCCCCAGAGCUUUCCCAAGAGUCAGGCACUGUUGGAGCCACCAGUGGUGCCAGCAAGAGGAACCGACCAAUCCAGUCCAUCCUCGACUGAAGCGAAAGAUGACAGAAACAGGGAUAAAGAGAAGAGCAAGAAGUCAUUGAAGCUGAAAAAUCUUUUCAAAAAGAAAAAUGAGGCAAUGACAGAGAAGGUACAACAAAGCGGUCUCCAGAAACUCUGACGAUGGGAUUGAGCACACAUUUGUUGUAUCCACCCCCCCCCCCGAAAUGAAAUCAUCCAGCGGAGGUUUCAUUUGAACCCUUUCAGGGACAGCGGUUCCUACAAGUAGACAGCUUAUCAAGUUAUCAGGUUACAGGGUGUAUGAAAGAAUUGAGGUAUUAAUGAAGCAAUAAUUUUUCGAGACAUUAUUCACAAAACAUCAAAGUGAUGUUAUCCUAUGGUCUCAAAGUAAUGGCCCGAGAUUUGAAACAAAUAAGCACCUAAUCCCUUCAAAAGCCUCCUUUUUUUUCCCCUUCAGAAGAAUUUACACUCGGUCAUUUGAUAGACGUCCGUUUAUGUUGACAUAUGGAUCAUAAUAAAGUAACUGAGCCCAAUUGAACUCCAGGUGGGGGCCCAGCGUGCUUUGAAGGGGGGGGGGGUAGUAUUUUUGGACAUUUUGACAUUGGUUGGUUGUACAUUUCUACCUGUUUUCUUGGCUGUGGAUCGGAGAUCAAGUCACAGGGAUGACACAUUUAUCAAAAUAAACAGAUUUGAUGACACAAAGGUCUUAUAGAUGUGCAGCUUAUAUAUGAAUGUGAUCAUCGAAAGGCAUCCUUAGUAUUAUUGACAGAUGAAUGCGCAAAUAUGUAAAUAAUUCAUUCAUAAAUCUCUUACACUUUUACUUCAUCAUCUUUUUGUUUGAUGAUUAGCUUUGUACACAAUGGCCAAUAAUUGUGUUGUAUUUUCAUGGAAAACGCUGCAUAUUUGCUGACUAUAUUUUUUGUUCAUUUCCAAGCAAUAUCAGCACUUUGGAUGUGUUUUAUCUGAAAACUAAAAGUUUCUAACUACUGCCACGCCCCCUUUGUAAUAAAUACAAUUUUCUGUCAUCACAAUCCCAUUUAUGUUUUGCCAGAUCUAAUAAGCAUAUGUUUCGGUGAAACUUGAAAUAUUGAUGUCAUUUACGGAUCAACGUGACCCUCAUUGUUUACAAACUCAAUCAACUUGAGCAAUAUUUCUUAAUUUUAUAUACCUGUUAAUGAGACGUGUCACUAAGAUGUUUAAUUGAUGAAUUGUUUCAAAGCAGAUUUGAGCUUUUUUUUUUAUUACAUGAUAAACUUUCUUUGUUUCUUUAUUUGAGGCCUACAAUUCUGACGGAACUGUAGAAAGCCUAAUAUUAUUGUUUGCUGAUUCCGCACAUUUCCUUUAGAAUAAAAGUCAUUAAGCAUUAUGAA